AUGGAAGAAGAAACAUUUCUCGCCUCAAAAAUAUCCACAGCUUUUCGGCAUGACAUUCUAAAGGAAUUACUGAAAUCCAAAUUCAGCAACCCGAAAAACAAAAUGUCAGAGGACACUGUUGAGUUGGUAGCUGAAUUAGCAAAAACUCUAGUCAUAGAAGCUGCAGCUAGAGCGUGUUAUCAGGCUCAAUUCGAAGAUAAAACUACUGUUACAUUGGAUCAUGUCGAGUGUACUAUACCUCAAAUGAUGCUGGAUUUUCCAUAA